AUGCGGGCACCACUCUGCCUGUUGCUGCUCCUCGCCCACGCCGUAGACAUGCUCCCAGCGAGCCGAAGGAAGAAGCAAGUGGGCACUGGUCCAGGGGGCAACUGCACAGGCUGUGUCAUCUGCUCAGAGGAAAAUGGCUGCUCCACCUGCCAGCAGAGGCUCUUCCUGUUCAUCCGCCGGGAGGGCAUCCGCCAAUAUGGCAAGUGUGUGCAUGACUGUCCCUCUGGCUACUUCGGCGUCCGUGGCCAGGAGGUCAACAGGUGCAAAAAAUGCGGGGCCACGUGUGAAAGCUGCUUCAGCCAGGACUUCUGCAUCCAGUGCAAGAGGCGGUUUCUCCUGUACAAGGGGAAGUGUCUGCCCUCCUGCCCGCUGGGCACCACCGCCGAGCCCAGCACUCGGGAGUGCCAGGAAGAAUGUGAGCUGGGCCCUUGGGGGAGCUGGGGCCCCUGUUUGCACAACGGGAAGGCAUGCGGCUCGGCCUGGGGUCUGGAGACCCGAGUGCGGGAGGCCGGCCGGGCCGGACGGGAGGAGGCAGCAACCUGCCAGGUGCUCUCUGAGUCAAGGAAAUGUCCCAUCCAGAGGUCAUGCCCAGCAGGGAGGAACCCCAGCCAGAAGAAGGGGCGGAGAGACCGGCGCCCGCGCAAGGACAGGAGGCAGGACCGCACGCUGGACGUGAGGCCCCGCCCACCGGCCUGA